UUUAAAGUUUUAUAUAUACUUAUAAUGACUUGAAAAAACUUUUUGUCAUUAAAUAUUUUUUAAAGUCAUUAUAUGUUUUAAAAUUAAAAGCUGCUAAAUAGAAAGUUCUAUCUGGUAUAUUUUAGUUUAUAAUGGAAGUGUUAGAUAAAAGUAAUGUUCAUUCCAUCGUUAGAUGUGUUUUUAUUCAUCAAGAAAAAGAGUUUGCUGAGCCAGCUGCUGAAUUGGUAGCAUUACAAUGGAAUCACAGCAAAUCGGAAAAAAAUCGAAAUCUUGAAAAGAUGUUAAAUGAAUCAAAUGAUCGAUUACCUUGUCAUCUUGUUUUAACUUUUAAGGACUCUAAUAAAUCAGUUGUUGCCCAUGUGAAAAUAGUUAGAGCAAGUGGAAGAGGUGACGGACAGUGUGCAAUAUUUUAUUCUCUUGUGGUAGCACCAAACAUGAGAGGAUUGGGACUUGGUAGAAUUUUAACAGAGUAUGCAGAACAUUAUGUUCGCUCUUUAAAUAUUGCAUAUGUAUAUGUAUCAACUCCUGAUAUGGCAUUGUUUUAUGAGCAUAUUGGUUACAAGCGUUGUGACCCAAUAUCCUCAAUGAAAAGUAGUUCAAAGCAACUUAGUGCAUCACAAGUUUCUUCUCUUGAAGAAUUGUUUGCAAAACGUGCCAACAUAACAGUCUCAAAUGAACUAAAUAUUUGGCUUCGGAAACGAUUAAUAGAUGAAUAUGAUAUAAGUGAAAGUUUCAGUUAUAGUGAAUUAUCUAAAAUCAUAAAAGAAGCAUUGCUUGAAAAAAGUAAUGCUGAAGAUUUUAUUUGUUUUUUUAUUGAAACAAAAUGGCAACAGCAAAUUGGACCAUCUUGUGGAAUUUCGGCUAUAACUAUGUUAAAUACAAUUAGUCACAUAAAGCGUAGCAAUUUUUUAGACAGUUCACUUUUAUGUGGUUGUGCUUGUAUUUUAAAUGAAUUAAAUACAGAACCAAAAUCUUGUCUUGAAUGGGCAUUAAAGUCAGGUAUCAGCAAUGAUGGAGAGAUAUUUUGUGCAUACAAUUUGGUUUAUUUAGCUGAAAAGUGUUUUCAAAUUCCAUUAGUAGUUAGUAAUAUUACUGAGACGACAAAACAUGACAUAUUACAUAAUAUUUUGCGUGGAAACCCUGUUAUUAUUACUUAUGAUCGUAGUUUAUCUAACCAUGUUCCAGGGUUUUAUCAAGGACUGCAUGCUCAUUGGACUCUUGUUGUAGGUUUUGUGGUACCAAAAGACUCAUUAAAGGAUUUCUAUAAAAAUCCAGUUCAUGUUGAAAUGAUUAAUGAGCAUCAUUUUAUUAGUUUAUUUAAAUUUUCUUUAGAUUUUUUGAUGACUGAUACUAAACAAUGUUUUCAAAUUUUUGAUUCUAACUCUUUGUGGGUAGUUUGUGUCCAUGGCAUGUCCUCUCAUCCAUUUGUGUGUUUGUUGGAUACACUUCUUGAUUCCAACAGACAACUAACUAUGUGCAAUUCACCUUUUUUUUUAAGUCAUUCUAACCUAAUCCAUUUAAGAAACAAAAUAGUUUAUACUAAUAAUUAGUGCUUUGAGUUCUUAUUUAAUUUACCAGCUGCCACCACAUUAACUACUUGUUAAUGUAAGGCAGCAGGUAAAGGAGGAGGAUGGCGAUAUUUAACUAUUUUUAGAAAAUAUUGAAGUAGAUAAAAUAUAUGCAAAAUUUAAGAUGAAGAAAAAUUUCAAGAAUCUUUUGAAUUCUACCAAUUCUUGAGGAAACAUUUGAAAUAUUAUGGACCCUACAAAAAAAUUAAAAUAAAAAAAUUUAAAAGUUAAUCUGGACUUAUAAAAUGCGAAAAUUUUAUGCUGCAAUCUGACAAGUAAAAAGUAUUUAAAUAAUGCAUAAAUAAAUUAUACUAAUUUAAAAA